ACGUGAUUUUGCCAUGUUAUUUGUUUCGCCGAUAUGGAACACCGUGGAGAUCCUGGUGCUGUCCAGUAUGGAAACUUUAUGAACUAUUACCAAUUCAAUUCGGCUUCCGAACGUGUGAAACUGCUGCCCGCAAAAGAAAUCUGGGAUCCAUCGGCAAAUGAUUAUACAAAAGACGUGAAUAAGAAACCCUACUUGGUCUUGGAUGUUGGCUGCAAUAGUGGAGUCUUUACAAGAUUAUUGCAUGGCUUUCUGGAGGAACAACUAAAACGACCAGUGUAUAUCCUUGGUGUGGACAUUGAUGAACGACUUGUGGAACGAGCUAAAGCUGAAAACACAGUUGAGGAUAAAAUAAGCUACUCCCGCGCAGAUAUACUCAAUGAGAAUGAUUUCAAGACUAUAUUUAAUUAUCUUCGGCAACAUCAGCAUGAUAAAUUCGAUGCCAUUUGCUGUUAUUCCAUUACCAUGUGGAUACAUUUGAAUCACCAUGACGAGGGCUUGCAGCAAUUCCUGCGUACGCUAUCACAGCUGGCUCGACUUUUUGUGGUUGAACCACAGCCCUGGAAAUGCUAUCAAACAGCUGAACGCCGCCUGAAGAAAGCUGGAGAAGUGUUUCCACUCUUUUUGCAGCUCAAAUGGCGUUCCGAUGUGGAGCAACAAAUUGAAAUGUAUAUGGAACAGGCCUUGGAUCGACGAAAAGUAUUCGAAUCAACUCCCACAAAAUGGCAAAGACGCAUCUGCUUUUAUCGGUGAUCAAGAAUAUAAUGAUUCCUCUAAGAUGUGAUACAUAUGUAUGUA